GGAAGCCUGAAAGAAAGCGGCGCCCCAUCGCGUAGCUCGCCAGCAACCUCAAUUACUGGAGCGCCGGCCUGCCCGACUUCACUCAAUACUCUUUGUUUGAGACACGGUUCGGCAGCGGAGUAUGGACGAGAGCACGGGGAAAAUCAGUGGCAAGCAUAAAGACAAGACCAGGAGCAAGAAACCGGGCAAGAAUGCGCACAAUGCUCAUGUGCACGGCAAACCCAGCAGCAGCAGCAAACACCCCCAGUACCACAAGAAGAGGCUGCAUCCGCCGGGGGAGAGUGGCAAGAAAAGAGUCGCCACGACCCCGUCCCACCCUCCUUCUUCUUCGUCGUUGUCCCGCCGUGUAGAUGACAUGCGGCUGGUCCUCGACUCCACCCCCUCUGAUGAGGAACUGGCGAAGAAGGUGCGCGAUGUCGUUUUAGAGCUAAAGGCCGUGGACCGAGCCCUGGCCGACGAAGGCACGUACCUGGGUAUCGUGGACAAGGCCGAGCUCGAGAAACGGAGGUACAUUCUGGUGAAGAGGCGCUUCGUCCUCAGGGAGGAAAGGGAGUUGGGGCAGAAACUUCGCGUCGAGGUUAAGAAAGAGGAAGAGCGCGCCGCAGCCGAGCGAAGUGAACGGCAAGCAUCCUUGUCCCCAGGGUCCAAAAGCAGCAGCGGCAACAAGAACGGCGGCAACAACAGCAGUAGCGUCACCACAGCACAACAAUCUUCCCCGCCAACCCGAGCACCAGCAGCGCCAGCAGCACAAGCACCGGCACGAGCACCAGCACCGGCACCAGCACCGGCACCGUCAUCGGCACUAGCACAAGCAUCAGCACAAGCACCAGCACCAGCAGUACCGCCAACAUCGAAACCUCGUACCAGCAUGGAUCAGCCAUCGUCCUCGAAGACCGGCGGUGGGGACAUCGGGGAGUUCAUAACAAAGAACUCGGCCGCGAUGGGGAAGAAGCUGGCCGGAGCAAGGCCUUCCUCGUCGGCGGGCUCGACCGCUGCUGGAAGAACCAGCACCUCGGCUGGCAGUGGCGUCACGGGUAAGUCUCACUAAUUCGUGUUUGGUCGAUUGCUACUGGUAAGCGACGGCCGUAACCCAACGGGCCGAAGAGAGCCUUUGUCAACGGAUGGAAACAGCCGGUUGGAGUGCGUGCAAGACCAUGUCGGAGCACACGGCGGGUGCACGCUGAAGCGAAGGCCAUUGCUUGUCUGCUCGUGUUAGGUUUGGGGCUGUUGAUCGUGUUGAAUUAACUCGGAAGUCCAUGAUAACUCGGCAGUCCAUGAUUCGAAAGGUUUUGCUCGUAUGGUGUGGUGCUGUUUGAGGUAAGCAGGAAACAUCCAUAGGGCGAUACUAGGCAAGAGCCCCGAGGAUCUGGUUGGCGUUAUCAGCAGGACAGCCUUUGCCGUAUUCGUGUCGCAUGUACAUAGAUUACUGUUAGGGGUGCCAAUCGGGCCGAUUUUGGCGGCAAAAAAGUGACCGGUCUAUUCGAGGAUUUUGGGAAAAAAGGGGCGGGCACGCGGGUUGUUGGUUAUCAGCUCAGCUCUUGAAAUCAUACCGAUCAAAGUAUACUUUUUCCUCCGUAUGUUUGUUCAAGAGUCCCUGCGUUCAGGCAGCGAUGUGGCUCUUCAUACGUUACACACAUCUGGAGACAGGUCAUCUACACGUGACUGCGGGUUCGUUUUCUACUGACGUUCAAAGGGCGGGCGAACAACACAGAAAACCCUAUGAAAUUCGGUUUGAAGGCUCACGCUCGUGGCCGCGUUUGGUGAUCGUAGAACAGCGGAUCCGCAGCGCACAGCCUCGGGUUUUCAGCGACACAACGCAAGAAACCGAACUAGAAUCGCACAAACUACCAGCGAGAACCGCAUGUCUGAAAAUGGCCAGUCAAGCACGCCAAGCACCGCGGUCGAGGUCCCCAACAAACGCAAACGCUCGGCCUUCGGCGCGGGAGGAAAAAAUCGAAUUCGUCGCAACCUCAAGAAAAACGAACGCAAAUACAUAGAGGGGGAGGGGCGGACCUUUGCCGACGCGGCCGGAGCAGCGCACACACAGCGCGCGGUCGAAAGGGGCGGUGUUGCCGUCGCGCAGAAAGCGCUGGUACAAAAGGAGCAGGAGUUGAUCGAAAGUAGACAGCGCGAGGCGGCGAGCGCCGCUGGGUGCAGCAUUGCUCAGGAGCUCGCGCGAGAGAGCACCGAGGCGCUGAAGGAGGAGAAGGCUAAGAGAGAGGAGGCAGAGCGGUCGCACUCGUGUGUGGGAACCGGGUGUUUUUGGUUCUGUCGGGGUUCUUCGGCGCGUUCUAUGUGAUU